AUGACGCCAGAUCAGGUCAACGAGUACCUUAAGAAGCAAGCCGCCUACGAGGCACCUUCACCCAGAAUGGCCGACAACGAACCCACCCGUGAGGAGGAGCCCCGUCCUGACCUCCACGAUGACGACAACAACGAUGAGGAGGAGAUCACCGCCAUGAAGAAGCGCGUCCAGGAAAUGGAGGCUGAGGCUGCCAAGCUUCGCGAGAUGCAGGCCUCCCUCGACUCCCAGACCGAGACUCUUCGCGAGAACAAGGAGGACAUCGACGCUCGCAGCGUCUUUGUCGGAAACGUUGACUACGGCGCCUCUCCCGAAGAGAUCCAGGCUCACUUCCAGAGCUGUGGAUCUAUCAACCGCGUCACCAUCCUGCUGGACAAGUUCACUGGACAUCCCAAGGGGUACGCGUAUGUCGAGUUCACUGAGCCUAGUCUCGUCGCUCAGGCCCUCGUCCUCAACGAGAGCGUUUUCCGCGGCCGCAACAUCAAGGUCGUUCCUAAGCGUACCAAUCUGCCUGGCUUGUCCCGUGGUCGCGGUCGCGGUGGACCUCCCCGUGGCGGCCGUGGCGGUUGGGGUGGACGUGGUGGCUACGGCCCUCCUCCCCCUCGUGGCGGGUGA